UCUGAGCUCUCACCACGAGCAGUACAGGCAAGCAACAAGCAAGCAGCUCGCGAUGGUGGCCAAGUCUGAGAGACAUUGACUGGCUAAGCCACAAAGAAUAAAAAGACAUAAAACAAUCCGAAUAAACGUUUCACCCGAGGCGACGUGACGGACAGUAAACCAACCAACUACGAGAUAACCCCUGAACGAACGGGCUGACCUCCAGAAUGGCCUCACUUCUCCGCUCAGGGGUUGGGGUUAUCUCAAGGGUCCGGGUUUUGGUGCGAGCAAGACACUAUCAAAGGACUCUCCCCAUCAUCCACAUACAUCACACAAGGGCGUUUUCCAAGUCGACAACGCCCUUUGCUGCAAGUACUCCAGCCCCUGAUGCUACAAGUACUACAACCAGCCCAGGGCAGCCAGCCAAACCAACCUCGCCGCCGAACAUCACACUCAAUGGCCGCAGCUACAAGACAGACAAGUGGUUCAAUGUCCCCCCAAACGUUGUGGCUGCGACGUCGCGGCGGCUCCAUCUGCACAAGGACCACCCCAUCUCCAUCACUAGGCAGAUAAUAGAGUCCAAGUUCCCGGCACCGACCUUCAAGUACCACAAUGCCUUUGACCCCGUGGUGUCGGUCGCGGAGAACUUCGACUCGCUCGGCUUCCCGCCCGACCAUCCGGGCCGCGCCCGCUCCGACACGUACUACAUCAACAAGAACACCCUGCUGCGCACCCACACGAGCGCCCACGAGCUCGAACUGUUUGGCCGCAGCGAGAGCGACGGCUAUCUAGUCAGCGCCGAUGUGUACAGGCGCGACGAGAUCGACCGCACGCACUAUCCCGCCUUCCACCAGAUGGAGGGCGCCCGAGUGUGGGACCGCGCCAGCGUGCCUGGCGGCGACGUGGCUGCCGCCGUAUGGGCAGACUUGGCGCGGCUCCCGACCCACGCCGUCGAGGUCCAAGACCCGAACCCGCCCUUCCACGCCGAGCGGAACCCACUCCAGGAAUCUCACCACUCCCCGGCCGAGGUUGAGGCCACCGCCGCCCAUCUCAAGCGUUCGCUAGAGCUCAUGGUCGUCGAAAUUUUUACACGUGCCAAGGGCGCGGCAGCGGCAGCGGCAGCCACAGGAGGGGCCGCAGUGCCCAAUGACGAGCCGCUCCGGAUGCGCUGGGUCGAGGCCUACUUCCCCUUUACGAGCCCAUCGUGGGAGCUGGAGGUAUACUAUGGUGGAGACUGGCUCGAGGUUCUCGGCUGCGGCGUCUCGCAGCAGCGCAUCCUGAUAGAUGCCGGCGUCCCCUCGCAGAUGGGAUGGGCCUUUGGUCUGGGACUUGACCGCAUCGCCAUGCUGUUGUUCCAGAUCCCCGACAUCCGGCUAUUUUGGUCACACGACGAGCGCUUCCUCGGCCAGUUUUCGGGCGUGUCAGACGACCUCUCAAAGAUCCGGCCCUUCGCGCCCUUCUCCAAAUACCCAGCCUGCUGCAAGGACGUGUCUUUCUGGCUGCCAUCCACAGCCUCGGCUGCGGGCGGCGGAUCCCAGGUGGAAGGCCCGCAGGAGUUUCACCAGAACGACGUCAUGGAGAUUGUGCGCGACAUCGCGGGCGAUGUGGUCGAAGACGUGCGGUGUUCCGACCAGUUUGUGCACCCCAAGACGGGCAGGCGCAGCAUGUGCUACCGCAUCAACUACCGCAGCUGGGAGCGGACGCUGACAAACGUCGAGACCAACGACUUGCACGGCCGUGUGACGGAUGCCCUUGUUGACCGCCUGGGGGUCGAUAUUAGGUAGUGUGUGGUCGACGGCAUGUCUGCCCAGCUGUACUGCAAGGCUCCCUUGAGACCGAAACGGACAUGAGAAUAAAAAGAAGAAGGGAAGAUGAAAGCCAAAAGAGUAGCAAUCAAGGGGCUGAGCUGCCACUUGCUCAGCCGAAACAUUGAAUGGUCCGAAUCAAUCAGCCCACGGUCAGAGGCUGAAAACUAAAUCGCAUAUGCCCCAGGCAGUGCCACAUUUUCGACACAGGGGGCCAUGACAAGUCGGAGGAUAGCGUCGCGGCUUUGGAAGCCCUGUGCAAGGAUUGCAUCAUCUGACGACCUAUUGCGCUCGCCGCCGAAGUUGCAGAGGCCCGGCGGGCUCUGAGACCAUUCCAGUCUCUCCAAUGGCGAAGAAAAGGAGAAGCAUAAAACCAAAUCAGGCAUAUGGGUUCAGUCAUAUAUUAUCGCGCAACAUUACAUGUAUGUACAACACGGCAGGAAGUGGAUAGAUCACAGGAACGGUCAAGAUGCGCGGGUCUGGGCCCGGUCGAGGCACGGGGGCGACUGAGACGGAGUAUUUGCCGGCGCCACUCGCCGAAUCGCCGUCGCUCGACUUUCGGUCGGACUUGCGGUCGAGGCACCCGACGUGUCAAGACGUGGUGUGUGGCUGUGUAAAAAGGCAAGAAGCAACAACAGCAAACUUGGUUUGGCCUCGUGCUUGGAGGCUGUGCAGUUUGAUUUCUCCCCCAGCUUACCAUUCAGCGUCCCUCUCCCAUCCCCACUGCCUUGGCUCUGUCCGUGCCAUCGGUAGCUUCAC